UAAAUAUUGUAGAUAGUUAAUUUCAAAUGCAAUUAAAGACAUUAUUUGUUCUUGCAUUAACAAGUAAAAUUUUUCCUCUCGAAAAUAUCUAUUCAUUUUAAACGAUUGAAAAUUUGGAGGAAAAUUUUAAUUCUUUAAAUGAGGUAAUUCUGACUUGCAAUUGAACAACAAUAAGAAUCUUAUUAUGACGCCAACAGGUGGCGGUCCCUAGUUUGUAAAAUGAAAUUCAUUUUAGUUCCCUGAAGUCUCUUUAUCUUGUUUCUUUACAUUAACUUAUUGACUAAUGAUUAUGAGACCGUGAAAUUUGAUGUUGAAAGAAUCAACUUAAACUUCAUUGGAACCAUGACCUUAGGAAUUUGAACAACUAUUAAACAAUCUUUAAAAAACUCUUGAAUCAAGAGGCUUGAUAUCAUCCAUAUGGGUAUUACCUAGUUUUUUUACACAAUGCCAGUGCUAAGCUGUUGAAGAUUAGAGAGAAACGAUUCUAUAAGCCAUCUGUGAUUAAAAGUUCUCUGCAUUCAUUGCAGAAUUGGAUUUUCAUUUUUAUUGCAACAUUUGAAAACUUUUUCUGUGGUUUUAGUUAAAAACUGUGGCAUCGAUGAAUUUCCACCUAGCAGCCCGGACUGGCAAAAAUCCCUGCCCGAAUUGUGGUCGAGGUGAUGAAACAGAAGUAGACGGGAUCGCGAAGGAAGAAAUUGCUGCCAGUCUAGAGCAUUUUCUUGUUAACAGUAAAACCUUAUGCAUUCUCUGCUGGCUACAAACCUGGAAGAUUCUUGAAGGCUUAGUUUUAGCUGUUACUCUUUGUUCACAAAGUUCAUUACUCAAUUAUUAUAUCAUUUAUUAUAGCCGAGGAACCGUUGGAUGGUAUUUUCUGUUUCUUAUUGAUGUUAUGGUCAUCAUUUUAUUUGUUAUUGCUAUCAUAAUGGCCAGAAGACAUUAUUCUAGUUGGAAUAAGCAGCAACAAACGGGAGACACUGCUAUUUCAUCCAUAAAUAUGAAUGGUCAUACUCAAUGUACUUAUUCUGAGCCUGGUCAAAUUUUUGGAGCUAAGCUGCCACAGAGUAUGGGAGUACUUCCUCUGAGCUACAUUUCCUGGUUCAUCUAUUCUAUUGUCUUAGUUUUCAAAAUAUUUGUCUUCUUUGCUAAUGAUAUUCUGAUAAAGAUGGUUUCUGGUGAGGAUACUACACUUUAUGGAUCUAAACUUUUUGAAGUUUCUUUGGCGUUGACAGCUCUCAUUUUCUUACUUUGGAUUGAAGCACAUAAAAACUUGGAAGAUGACUUGCAUCGUAGUUGGUCCAAAACUUUAACUGAUGAGCUCAUACAACAUACAACUUUUGAAAUAUUCGACCUUAUUUUCUUCCUCGAAUUAAUAACUCCGGAUAUUGAUCCAGUUACUAAACAUGUUAUUAAUACACCAAAUGUUGGUCGACCCCUUAUGUACACCAUAGUUGCCUUAGGUGCCCUCAAUGUUGUCUAUCCUUCUCUUGGAAUUUAUCAGCUGUCAAAACUGCAUAAAAGUAGUCAAGUAGAGGAAACUGCUAUAAGAAGUCAUCCAGAAAAACAUAUUUAUGGAACAAAUGUUUUUAUCCAUUUCAUCAGACUUGUAAAUGUCAACAUUCCAUAUUUAUUUAUACGUAUUCAUCUUGCUUCUGCCUAUGAUAGAACACUGUCCAUUUUUAUUGUGAAAAACUUUUUAGGGAUUAUUGUAUCCUCACGAAGUUUAUUCAUUGAAUAUUUUCGUUGGAGAGGCCAUUCUAAAGCGAAAGCUAAAGCUAAAAAGAACAAAAAAAUGGUUGAACUCAGCCCCAAAGUAAACUGGGAUAUCCCUAGAGCUCCUGGACCACUCCUAAACUCAGUGUUACAAAGUACUCCUAAACCUUAUAAAGGAGAGUGUUCAUCAUCAUCUGAUGAACAAGAUGAUAGUAUAACAAUCACUUCCGAUACAAAAACAUCCAAUGAGCUUAGAUGAAGAAUUUGCUCAAUUCGCUUCAAGUGCCAUGAUAAUCUUCCAUCUUAAUCAUUUCACCAACAUCAUCAAAUUGAAACUGGGAAAUUGUUAAUUGGGAAACCAGGAUACAAAAAACCAGAACAAAUCAAAGAAAUUCACAAGAACUCAACCAUCUUAAAGCUUAAUUUAUUAAGAUGAAUCAAUCUAUGACCAAAUGUAAUAUAGAAAUGACUACUGAUAUUUUACUAAAUCUAUUUACUGAACUAUUAUAUUUUACUAUGUGCUUUAUCUAAACCGCUAUAAAUUCAACAAUGAAUGACAAGGAUGUUAUACUUCCAGUAAUACUUUUGUAUUUUUCCGUUUUUAAUUUCAGUUUUCUUAAAUGAUUGUUGAACCAUUGGUGCCUUUGCUUCAUGUUUAUAAUUCAUCGAAUUUCUAAAACAAGUGAGCAAAAUUUAUCAUGUUCGGAACCAAUUCAUCAUUUUAUUGCAAAAUCAUGAAAUUAAAUAUAAUAUUCAGCAGUACAA